AAGUUUGGUUACUUGGGUUUACAAAGAUCCAAAGUCCACAAUAAACGUAAUAGACUCCAGGUGCUGCGGGAAGACUGCUCCAGUACUAAUUCUCCAAUGUUGACGUUGCCGGAGGUCGACCAAAGUACGUAGGAAGAACUACGGUGCUCCUGCAAAAAUUUGAGAUAGAAAGCAGGUGAUUAAAAUUGAUCGACGGCAGUUGAGAUGGUGGAGAAGACGGAGAGUCGAAGGCGGAAGGGUGAGGAUAUAUGUUGUGCGAGUUAUCUUUUCCGCGACUGAGGUUUUAUCGUCUUUCAUUGGCUAGAACGGUGACGGUCAUUUGGAGUUUGAAUUAACCUUGGAUGCGUGUUGUCGGAUGCUGCCUUGGCGUGGUUGUGUUUCCGUCGUUUGCCAGGAAAUGUGAUGACUAUAAACUCCGUUGCAGGUAGUCAAUUCGAGUGAAAGGAGCACAGACUUAAGUGGAAUUUUUGGUGAAUACAUACUUGGAAGGCGUUUCUUGAGCUGGGAUGAAUUUGAGAAGUCAUUAGCAGAAUUUCAAAAAGUCAGGAGGUCAUUUAAUGCUAACAAUGUAGUUGUCCUGCACUCACUAUGUUCAUACUUAUAGCAAAACGAUACCCGAUGACAGAUUAAAGUACGCUUAUGUUGGUUUAAUGCACUUUUGGAGUGAAUCGUACAAGACCUGGAUUGAAAAUGAAAAAUAAGUCGUCUAAAUGUUGCAAUUGCUCGUCUUCAUUUCGCGUGGUUUUGCGUUAUAGUGAAUACAUAAUUGCUUCCCACAAUAUGGUACAUAACCAUCCAUGCAGCAGGGUGUACAUGCAGAAUGACCCAUGGUAUAGACGACUAACAGUUGAAGGGAAAGAAAAUGUGGAACCACUUCAGCAAUCCCACUCAUCCGAUGAAAUAAUAAUGCAUGUUAAGGAGAAGUACCACAAGGAUAUAACUCGCAUCGACGUUAAAAAUACGAAAGCCGCAGUUAAUAAAGUUAACCAUGUGAUGCAGAAUUGUAAACAAUGGGUGUGGUCACGCAACUUGUUCGCAUCUCAAUGCACGUCAGCAGUUGUCCCUCGAAAUCGAAGUGCCUUAUUGGAAACCUAUAUAAGUAUUAUGACUGCGGGCAUUAGGAAAAUUAAUGACAUAUUUGGAGAAGUGUUUGCCAGGAAUUAUUCAGUAGAAGUAAUCGCAGGAAUCAAUCGUACUGUGAAUAUGUAAAUAAACUGAAUUUGUAUCGUAAUCAAAAUAAAAUUUUCAUGUCAA